GGGGGUGCACGCGUGUCCCCACCCCCUCCGAAGUAUGAAGGUGGAGAAAGUGAGGGAUCUUGCCCGCUGCGCUGGCCUCCGGUUGGCUGAGUAGUACGGCUGCCACCCGGCCCCCCUAGCGCCGUGCCUGAAUCUGAGACGGGUUCUGAGCGAUGCUCCAGCGUGUAGGCCCUCUCGCCCGUGUCACGGGCCCGACCACAGCGCCCUGCUCAGGCUUUGGAAGAUUGAAGCGCCCAGGCCGCGCCCUUCGCCAAGUCCGCGCACACCCAGACUUCGGCCAGACAACCGGGUCUCCGAGGCACCCGCUCUGGGAGCCCCAGAGGGAGGGCUAGGCCAGUUCUCCCCCUUCCCAAGAAGAGUCUGAGACUGAGACCUUGACACUGAGAACACCCUUCCCCGUUCUGAUGCAAGCAGCUUAGAGACGCUGGAGCCUGAGGCAAGAAUGUCACAGACCUUUUCCAGGUGGUUGUCCAGGUUCUCCCAGCUGGGGAAAAACAAACUCAUCUGGAAGUCAAAGGGCCCAUUCAUCAACCCAUUGAUGUGGUCCAUACAGGUUCUCAGUUGUGACACACAGGAUCCUUAGUUGUGGCAUGUGGGCUCUUUAGUUGUGGCAUGUGUGUGGGAUCUAGUUUCCUGACCAGGGAUCAAACCCAGGCCCCCUGCAUUGGGAGUGUGGAGCCACUGGACUGCCAGGCAGGAACAAGCUAACGGUUGGCCACAACAAAGAUGGCGGCAGCGGCCUCACACGGCAACGGCAACGGCAACGUCGACGCCAUUCAUCAACGAGCGCGAUAAUAUCAUAUAGUUCCGCCUUGCCGGUUUGACGUCACUUCCGGCCCCAGCCAGCCGGGUGCGCGCCUGUCUUCCGGCUUUGCGUUUGGAUGUGCGGACGGAGGUGAGUGGACUCGGAGUCUCACCGAGGGAAUCCCAGGGAGUGCGGGGCCAGCAACAUGGACAGGGCAGGCGGGAAGUCCGCGGCUGUUGUCGCAGUUGUGACUGAACCGCGGUUUACCCAGCAAUACAGGGAAUAUCUCGAGAAGCAGAAACUCCUGGAGAGACAGCACCGUGUGGAAAAGAUGCCGGAUGGCACCGUGGCGCUACCGGUGCUGGGAGAGGCCCUCACUGAGCAGCACCUGCGGGAGCUGAGGAAUCGUGUGGCUCCAGGCAGCACCUGUGUGCUAACGCAGCUCCUGAAUCCUGUUCCUUCAAAGAAGGCCCAGGCUUGUUCACCUGCCCAAAGGCUGUGUCUUGAGGUGAGUCGCUGGGUAGAGGGCCGCGGAGUGACGUGGUCAGCUCAGCUGGAGGCUGAUCUGCCCCGAUCUUGGCAACGACAUGGUGACCUCUUGUUGCUGAGUGAGGACUGUUUCCAAGCCAAGCAAUGGAGAAAUCUGGAACCAGAACUCUGGGAGACGGUUGCCUCGGCACUUGGCGUCCAGCGUUUGGCCAAACGAGGGCGGGUGUCACCGGAUGGCACUCGAACUCCAGCAGUGAGUCUGCUGCUGGGCGACCAUGGCUGGGUAGAGCAUGUGGAUAAUGGGAUCCGAUGUAAGUUUGACGUCACCCAGUGCAUGUUCUCCUUCGGAAACAUCACUGAGAAGCUUCGUGUGGCAUCGCUGCCCUGCGCUGGAGAAGUGCUGGUGGACCUCUAUGCAGGGGUGGGUUAUUUCACCUUGCCUUUCCUCGUUCACGCUGGUGCUGCCUUCGUCCAUGCCUGCGAGUGGAACCCCCAUGCUGUAGUUGCUCUGAGAAAUAACCUUGAGCUCAAUGGAGUAGCUGGUCGAUGCCAGAUACACUUCGGGGAUAACAGAAAACUGAAGCUCUCAAACAUUGCGGACAGGGUGAACCUGGGGCUGAUUCCCAGCUCUGAAGAAGGCUGGCCCAUUGCCUGCCAAACGCUAAGACAGGAUGCCGGAGGCAUUUUGCAUAUUCACCAAAAUGUGGAAUCUUUCCCAGGGAAGACUCUCCAGCCUCCUGGAAGCAGUGGAAUGGAAAAGGAGGAUUGGUCUUCUCCUCAGCAAAUGAUCACCAGCCAGUUGAAAAAUGGAGCUGCCAGUGAUUCUAGGAAAAAAAUGCUGUCAGCCGCCACCAAGCCAGAGUGGCAAAGGUGGGCGGAAGCUGCAGAAACUCGAAUUGCCACUCUUCUUCAACAGGUGCACGGGAAACCGUGGAAGACACAAAUCCUGCACAUCCAACCAGUGAAAUCCUAUGCUCCCCACGUGGAUCACAUAGUCCUGGAUCUGGAAUGCCGCCCCUGUCCUCUAGUUGGCUAGAGAAGGUGGAUCCUGAGACAGGAGGAUCUACGUGUGAGUGACCCUUAAAGCAUCAACUCAGGCUGGGGCCUCACCUCUCUUGUCUCCUGGUAAUCUAUUUUAAUAUUUUGUGGCCCUAAAAGCAGGCUCUUAAUCAAUACAUAUUAUUUCAUUUGUCUUCCAUUAACACCCUACAGAAUGAGCUGCGUAUCUGGGAGAAGUAGUGUGGCUCAUUGAAAUGAGGCCUGGCUGUGCAAUCAUGAGUUCUGAAUUCUGACCUUAGUUCUGUCUAACCUGCGGUACAUGGUUCCAGUAUUCCUUUGGCCUUGAAUUUUCUCAUUUGCAAAAUGAGGGAUUCUUGGCAAGGUCUCACACGGCUGUCACCUAAUAAACAGUCAUACACAGGGCAUUGGUUAUUUUAGAGUGAAGGACGCAGUGCUGUUUCCAAAAUCACGGCAGCUACAGUAUGGAAACUCACCUGAGUGGGGCCAGGAUGGAAGCAGGGAGAAGGGCGAGGAGGCUUCUGUGGCGGUUCAGGCAUGAGAUGAUGGUGGCUUGGACUAGGGUGGUGGCAGUGGGAGGUGAAUGGAUUUGAGAAGUAAAAUCGAUGGGUCUGAGCAUUGGAGUCCAAAGCAAGGCAUUCAAGUGGUGCUGCUUGGUUAUUAUGACUGACUAAAUCAGGGAGGGAAGAGAACAAAAAUUACUCUAGUGUAUGACCUCCACGUGUCUACUUUAGCAUUCCUAAAUGAGUGGGUGCGGGGAGGGUGUGUCUUAGGUUUAUUAUAGUAGAGAAAGUGUUAAGAAUGACUGCUUUAAAUGACAGGGCAGGGAAACUAGACUUCCAGCCUUAGCUGCUGCAGUAGCUGCCAACUGCUAGCUAAUUUUUAAAGUUUGAAUUAAAAUCUUAGAUUUUUACAGGGCUCAGACUCCCUUUCCAUCUUCCUUCCCUGGCUGAGAACAUCAGGGCCAACAUAAGGAGCUCUAAGGAAUGUGAGAUACUGUGCAGUUUUCCAAGCCUCCCCUUAUUUUAUGGCUCUCUGCCAGUGCCAUUGUUUACUGUUGGAAUGACUAAAUGUAAGGAAUCACUGUUUUAAAACGAUGAGACACAAAUAUAUAUAUAAAGCAUUUUUAAUUCAGUUUCUUCCACCCUGGGCACACGUGUGAGAAGAAACCCAGUAUAUGUCACUCUGAACAGCCUCAAGGUGCAGCCACUUCACAUGGGCAAGCCAUAAAACUAGUCAUUUUCAAACUAAACUAUUAUUUUAAGUGAUUAAAACUAUUUUCAUAUUUUUAAAAGCAUUUUUGAGUUUUGUUCUGGAAUACAGUUAGGUUACUUGGAAACAGUUUGAUCUUUUUUUUGGGCCUCUCACUGUUGUGGCCUCCCCCGCUGCGGAGCACAGGCUCCGGACGCGCAGGCUCAGCGGCCAUGGCUCACGGGCCCAGCCGCUCCGCGGCAUAUGGGAUCCUCCCAGACCGGGGCACGAACCCGUAUCCCCUGCAUCGGCAGGCGGACUCUCAACCACUUGCGCCACCAGGGAGGCCCCAGUUUGAUCUUUUUGAGUCUUGCUUUUAAGCAUUUGUUAGAGCAGCAUAUAGUCUAGGAUUAAUUUUUUUCCAUUAUUGAAGCAAGACCUUUCUUCGUUCUCUGACGCCUUGUGAAUUAUGAGAUUUUCCACUCUUGCUGUAUGUAGAAACAGGAAUUAUCCACCACCCCGUGUGGUGUGAGCUCUGAGUAUUUUUUCCUAUAAUCCUUUCUGGCGGGUCUUUUGUUGGCUUUUGGUAGUUUCCUAUCAUGUGGGCUGAUCAUUACUCAGCUGAAAACCUUUAAGGCAACGGUCAGCAGAUCUCUGGAGUUCCCUUUGUGUGCGGCUUUCUCCUCUCUGGCAUUCUACCCUGUGAACUCUACUUACUUGGGCUCCCAGGACUCACCUCCUCACCUCAGGGAGUCAGACUGCUGGCCUCCACUCCAUCCUCGUGCCACAGCAUGGAAAACUUCUCCAGGCUGUAAGUUGGAGCAAUUGUAUGGCUCACCUGGUUUGUUUUCCACCUCUCAUGGACCAUUGCUCUUCAUCGCCUAUGUCUGAUGCCUUGAGGGCCGUUGUUUCAUAAAUUUUGUCAAUUUUUUAAAACUAUUUAGAAGUUUAUAAUAAUUGUUUUGACGUAAAUGUACUAACUUUCACAAUCAUUAUUGAUGAAAUUCACUCUAGCAAUAAUAUACCUACUUCAGCUGACACAAUGUUUCAACAUGUAAAGCACAUAAGAAUUUCUUGCUACAAUUAUGUUUGGAAUGCUUACCUAUAUUAUAAAAUGACUAUUAAAAUAUUAGCAAUGA